AUGCAACAAAGCAACAUAUAAAAAGAAACAAAUUAUCUAGUUUCUUAAUGCUUGAUUUAAAUUUUGUUGAAAAAGCAUGAAUUAUUCAAGUAAAUAAUGUCGAGACAACCACAAAGGGAGAGCUUGAUACAAAUAUUUAAAGAAUACGAUGAACUCUAACAAAUAGUAAAAUUAAACUCCAAAUUAAGGGAAGAUUUUGCUGUUUUGGAAAAAUUACUAAAUAUGGCAGUUGAAAAUUGA